AUGACCUCAGAGGGCGAAGAACUGAUUGAUAUAAAAGUUGAGGUGAAGAAGGAAGAGGACGAAACGUAUGUGACGGGUGAUCAGCAAUGUAUGAAGGAGGACGAGGUUAUGACUCACAUUAAAGAGGAAGACCCUUCUAUGUAUAUCAGCUCAGAUGUCCAUCUAAGUUCUCACAAUGCUGACAAAUCAGCAGAUCCAUUCGAUCCCCAGAAAUCCUCUUCAAGCCAUGGGGGAGCUCACACAGGAGGGAGCUCAGUGUCAUGUUUGGUCUGCGGGAAAACAUUCACUCACAAAUCAGCACUUCUUAACCACCAGAAAUCUCACAAGGCUAAACAUCCUUAUUCAUGUUCAGAGUGCGGGAAAUGUUUUCCUACGAAGCAAGGACUUCUUAGGCAUCAUAGAAUACACACAGGUAAGCGUCCCUUUUCCUGUUCAGAGUGCGGAAAAUGUUUUUAUGAGAAACAACACCUUCUUAUACACCAAAGAACUCAUACAGGUGUACGUCCCUUUUCCUGUACGGAGUGCGAAAAAUGUUUUUAUGAGAAACCGCACCUUCUAAUACACCAGAGAGUUCAUACAGGGGAGCGUCCUUUUUCCUGUUCACAAUGCGAAAAAUGUUUUUCUAAUAAAGGAUGUCUUCGUAAACACGAGAAACUUCAUACGGGUGAGCAUCGCUUUUCCUGUUCAAAGUGCGGAAAGGGUUUUUCUGACCAACGAUCCUUGCGUGAUCACCGGAAAAUUCAUGGUGCGGAUCCCUUUUCCUGCACGGAGUGUGGAAAAGUUUUUUCUAAUAAAGUAAACCUUGUUAUACACCAGAGGAUUCACACUGGUGAGCGUCCCUUUUGCUGUUUAGAGUGCGGAAAAUGUUUUUCUGAAAAAGGAAGCCUUCAUAAACACCAGAAAACUCAUACGGGUGAGCGUCUCUACGUCUGUUCAGAGUGUGGGAAAUCUCUUUCUAGUAAAGGAACCCUUCGUACACACCAGAGAAUUCAUACCGGUGAGCGUCCCUUUUCCUGUUCGGAGUGCGGAAAAUGUUUUUCUGACCAAGGCUACCUUCUUAAACACCAGAGAAUUCAUACGGGUGAGCGUCCCUUUUCCUGUUUGACGUGCGGAAAAGGGUAUUGUGACCAGACAAACCUUCGGAGACACCAAAAAAAAGAACACUGA